AUGCCGCGAGACAGGGACCUGGACAACGCAUCGUCCGGUGGCCAAUCAAAGCGCCCUCCCCUCAACCACCGGGACAGCGACUCUCACAGCGACACGACAAAUACCUCGGGAGCUCCGUCUCACCCUCAUCGUACAAAGCAUCACCAGAAGCAGCACCACGUCGGCCACGCUGGUCGCCUGCACGCCCGCGUCCCUUCCUCAAAAGCUGUCCACAAACAGCAUGGCAACGCUCAUCCUCACCCUCAACCUCAUGCCCACCCCUCCAAGCUGAAUCGACGACCAGCUUCGCGACCUACCUCGCCCACCGAAUUCGACCAAGUCGCCCUGCGCCCGCCGCCGCACCGCAGAGCCACCAGCGAAGUCAAGCUCUCCCGCCAGUCUUUCCCCGCCAAUCUGCCCAAGAGCUUGUCGCACACGAGCUUGAAGCGCAAUCGCUCACACGUCGAGGUUGGCAAACGGACUCGGUCGUCGGACAAGCUCAAACGAAGCUCGAGCGGCACGGGUAUACAAAGGCAGCCUGCUAAACCCAGCAAGAUCCAGGUGCAUUUUGACCUGGGGAGCGACGAUCCCGAAGACGAGUGGGUGGAUGCCAGCGGCUCCAAUUCACCAUAUCUCUCACGCAAAGGCUCGCUCAACAGCAGCGCUCAAUCGUCUUUGAGGCACGGACCUAGCACCGAGAACUCGCGGCCCGUGACCCCGAGUACUACUUCCAAAUCCCGGGAACCAGACCGUCCGUCACCAGACCGUGAAACAUCUCACCAUAAAGAAUACCUCACCUCUCGCCUCCUACAGCGAACACCGUCGCACGGUGCACCGCCGCAAAUGACCGUCGACCUUGCCAAUGCAGCACCGGCGCAACUGUCCCGCUCCGUCAGCUCUACUGGUCGCAACGUAACGCCUUCGGCAGGGAGCAAUCAAGAUGAGCUAGUGUCCCGAUUUGUCGAUGCUGCCAGUUCUGGCCUGGCAAGCCAGGGUUCAUUUUAUCACCCAGCUCAUGCCACUGGCCGAGGUCCGAAUGAUGUCCCCCGAAGGCCCGACUCAAUGACCCAUAUCGAUCUGGCCCCAAAAAAUGACGAUGCCGAAGCGGUGCCGGUGCCAUCGGCCGAAAUCGAUAACAGCGCCUUGGUACCAAAGGCUGGCAGGCGGACAGUGGGCCCGGCGGCAGAAACAUCACGCACACAGCAAAAGUUGAAUUUGCAGCGGGCUAGCUCAGUAUUGGAGCCUGGCCAAGCAUUGACAGGGGCAGUGGGUGUAGUUGGAGCGAGCCCAUUGAUCGGCGUUGGGGGUCCUGGCUACGACGGAGGAAACAGCCGUGAUCCUCGUAUUGGCAAACUGCUGGAACGAACAGGCAUGGAAUACCUCGUCGUUCGGAGAUAUCAAAACCCCGUUGCUCGAUCUUUGAACCGCCUCAGUCGCCUUCCCGGGAUGGAGAAGAAGCGAAGAAUUCCACGCACAGCUGCUGGCUCUUUGAACGGCAAACGGACUGUGGAUGUCAAUGCUCGACAUACUCGAAACGUCAGUAUGCCGGAUCCGCGCCAAACCGCGCUCAAGUCUGGUGCAUCAAUUAGAACCAAUGGAGCUGGUUCCAGCUUUGACGGAGACGACGUUGCUAAAUUGAAUGAACGACUAAGCGGAGCGAGCCUAGUUGCGGCCGAAGAGGAGGAUGGUACGAACGCUCUGCUUCGUAAUCUAUGGGACAAAUCGAUGGAUCUUAGCGCCAGUACUGACUAG